AUGACUCGAACCCGACCCGAUCCGAAGAUAUCUCUACCCGAACCCGACCCGAAGUGGCUGGGAAGAAUUUUAGGUAUCUUAUCAAAAUUUUAUUCACACGGUGCACUAGAUCAUAUUAUUAUUAGUGUAUUGAAGCAAGUUGAAAAUGAAUUAGGUAUUCACAUAGGAAGUGGUGUAACUGCUAAUAACAAUAAUAAUUCAACUGCGGUAAAUAUAUUACAGACUCCUGUCGGUGUUGUUGCUGCUACUGCAGGCAAUGAAAAUGGAUCAUUACUAUUACCAUCGAGUAGUCCCUUAAAAAAGUUGCAAGUGAUAACAUUAGCAAAACCGACAGAUUCCACUUCAACUCCUCCGCAUCCAAAUCUUCCUCGUUAUUCUAUUCAAAGUAAUGAUGGUUUACUUCGUCCUAUUCAAAAGAAUAUAUCAACAAAAAUUGACAUUGAUAAACAUGUUGACAGUGAUUAUAUUCUCCUUGUUCCAUUGCAAAUCGAUCUCAUGCUUACUGUAUUUAUCUAUAAAAUCUUAACACGUGAACAAUAUUUUGAAAAUUGUCAAACCUACUUAUCUACAUAUCAUAAUCGUCGGGAUCAUGUUGCUUGUUGGGUUACACACAUGACUAUUAAUUCAUCAACACAUUCACUAUAUGAUUUUUGUAUUAAUCAAACAAUAACCUAUAUUAAUUAUGAAUAUAACAGUGUUCUCUGUAUACAGUAUGUAUUUAAACUAAUUAAUAUUAUUGAUACAAUAACGAAUGUUAUUGCAUGGCAUCAAGCCAUUGUUUUCAUUAUAACAAAGGGUGUAAUUAUUAGCUAUUGGUGGCAACGUAAACUUCGUUCGUCAAACUAUUGGUCUACAUUGAGUACAUUUCAACGUAAAAUGAUUCUAUUUUCAUUACUUCAUCCUAUUUUAAGUCUAUAUAUUUUAUUUUGUAUAAUACUAAUGCCAAUGUAUUUUUAUAAAUUUGAAAGUCGACGUAUUGAUCUGACACAUCAUCUUCUAUUUGCAUCAGUUAAAUUUAUUUUUGCUUCGAUAGCACAUAUACAUCUGUAUACAAUGUUAAAAUGGUACAAACUUUAUAAAAGAGGGAAAAAUGGUGUUUCGAUGGUAACAAGAGAAGAUGAAGAACGUAUUGAAACAAAUGAUUAG